AUUCCGGCGGGGAACUCUGGGAGUCGGAGUCCCGGCAUGUAGAGAGCGUCGGGCGUCGGCGGGCUCUCGGACUACGUUUCCCGGCGCUCCGCGCGGCAAGAAGGGCCUAGUGGCUCCGCCCUCGGGAGCUGGUGGAGGCCGCUGCUAUGGCGCCCACGAUCCAGACCCAAGCGCAGCGGGAGGAGCCGGGCCACAGGCCCAACUCGCACCGGACGCUCCCCGAGAGGUCCGGGGUGGUGUGCCGCGUGAAGUACUGCAACAGCCUCCCCGACAUCCCGUUCGACCCCAAGUUCAUCACCUACCCCUUCGACCAGAACAGGUUUGUACAGUACAAGGCCACCUCUCUUGAAAAGCAACACAAACAUGACUUGCUGACUGAACCUGACUUGGGAGUCACCAUAGAUCUAAUUAACCCAGACACUUACCGCAUUGACCCCAAUGUUCUCCUGGAUCCGGCGGAUGAGAAGCUGCUGGAGGAGGAGAUCCAGGCCCCAACCAGCUCCAAGAGGUCACAGCAGCAUGCCAAAGUGGUGCCAUGGAUGCGGAAGACAGAAUACAUCUCCACAGAGUUCAACCGCUACGGUGUCUCCAAUGAGAAGCCAGAGGUUAAGAUUGGUGUGUCUGUCAAACAGCAGUUCACAGAAGAGGAAAUCUACAAGGACCGAGACAGCCAAAUCGCAGCCAUUGAGAAGACGUUUGAGGAUGCUCAGAAAUCAAUUUCUCAGCACUACAGCAAGCCGCGUGUUACUCCAGUGGAGGUUAUGCCAGUCUUUCCUGACUUCAAGAUGUGGAUCAACCCCUGUGCUCAGGUCAUUUUUGAUUCUGACCCAGCUCCCAAGGACACCAGUGGGGCAGCUGCUCUGGAGAUGAUGUCUCAAGCCAUGAUUAGGGGCAUGAUGGAUGAAGAGGGCAACCAGUUUGUGGCCUACUUCCUUCCCGUGGAUGAUACGAUGCGGAAACGCAAACGAGACCAAGAGGAGGAGAUGGAUUAUGCCCCUGAGGAUGUGUAUGAGUAUAAAAUUGCCCGGGAGUACAACUGGAACGUUAAGAACAAGGCCAGCAAGGGCUACGAAGAAAAUUACUUCUUCAUCUUUCGUGAGGGUGAUGGUGUCUAUUACAAUGAACUGGAAACCAGAGUGCGGCUCAGCAAACGGCGAGCCAAGGCUGGGGUUCAGUCAGGCACCAACGCAGUGCUGGUGGUGAAGCACAGGGACAUGAACGAGAAGGAGCUGGAGGCCCAGGAGGCCCGCAAAGCCCAACUGGAGAACCACGAGCCCGAGGAGGAGGAAGAGGAGGAGGAGAUGGACUUGGGCAAAGAGGCCCAGGGAUCAGAUGAAGAGCCGGAGAAAGGGAGCGAGAGCGAGAAGGAUGCCAGUGAGGCCGAGGAGGAGGAGGAGGAGGAGGAGGAGGAGGAAGAGGAAGAGGAAGAAGGCCACUCCCCCAGCGAGGGCGAGGGGGCCGUCAGCGAGGAGGAUGAGCGGGCGGCACGGGACAAAGAGGAGAUUUUUGGGAGUGACGACGACGAGGAGGAGGAGGAGGACUCCGAGCUGGAGGGGGGCCGGCCAGAGGGGGACGACGAGAGCGGCAGCGAGGAGGACGACGAUGACGAGGAGGGGGGUGGCAGGCGGCAACGGCAGCACCUGCAGCAGCAGCACCGUGGCAGCCGCAGCCCCUUCCUCAGCGGCAGCGAGCACUCCAACCACGAGGACGAGGAGGGUGAGGCCAGCGCCAGCGAGGCCCCCUCACAGUCCAGCAGCGACAGCAGCGACAGCGACUGAGUGGCUUUGGGGGGCGAUGGCGGGCGCUCAGUGUGGCUGUCCUCGCCCGGAGGGGGUGGCGGCACUCUGGUUUUCCAGGCCCCCCUCAGACACCCUGAAGUUCCUUCCCCCAACUCUGCCAUCGGCAACGCCCGCAGGGCUCGCUCGGCAGGAAAGCGUGGCAGCGGGGAGCGGGCAUUGCUGGGGAAGCCGCUUGCUUCAAACCCCCUGUGCGUUCCUUGCUGUAUAUAUGGACAGCCAGCCCCUUCCUCUUGCAAUAAAGCCUUUUCCCCCCUUC